UGAUCAAGCAACGCGGACGACUACAUGGAGGUUCAGUUGGGUUCCAGUGCUUGAACAACUUUCGCGAGGUGUGCACAAGUUUCUUCUCUUUUUUACCGUCAAGCGGCAUCUCUUAUAUCUGCAAGACACAUUCUUCGUUCGACACUUCGAGUCGCGAAGAUAUUCUCGAUUCCUCGUUAACGUUAAACGUGCAUGACGUCGCCACACUUGAGUUGUCUCGUCUAUUGAAUUCUUCAGUGAAGAAGAAAGUAGAGGAAGGGAGAAAGAAAUUCAUUUUAUCCAGACUGGUGUAAUAUAAAAAUUACGCCAAGUGCGCGAAAGUGUAAGCUGCAGAAAAGGAAACUUUGCGCGGCAAGAACUUUGCGGAAGCUGCACGGCCGUUAGGAACUUCCUGAGGAUUGUUGGGCGCGAAAAAUCGACGACGACGGAGUUGCAAACGACCGACGAAUACGAAUGAUCGACAAGUCCACAGAUAUUUCAUCAACAACCUCUUGCGUAAGCUCGAGAAAACCUGAAGAACGCAGCCCAAAGCUGAACGGCGCCCAAUUCUCGCCUACGUUUAAAGAAGGAAGGGGAGGAGUAUUCAGCGCGAAAUUCGUUUACUGCACGGCCGCGUCAAGACCGAUCAAAAUAGCCCGUCCGCGCGAUGCUGAGGCCUUGGCUGAUGAUUUUGCUGCUGGGCUGCGCGGCCGAGAUGGUUUUGCCUCCAGGUGUUCUCGAAAUGAUGCAUUUCUUCUUCUCGGGAUUAUCGCACGACCCGCUGCAGGACGAAAACACGAUCGUCGAACGGCGCUACGACUUCAUCGUGAUCGGCGCCGGCUCGGCCGGCUCGGUGAUCGCGAAUCGCCUCACCGAGAAUCCCGACUGGAAGGUGCUACUGCUGGAAGCAGGCGGGGACGAGAUGUUCCUCACGGAUAUACCGUUCAUAGCGCCGAUCCUGCACGUCACCGACUACGGCAGGAUAUACAAGAGCGAGCCGCGGCCACAAGACGCCAACGGUCGCGGCGGCUAUUGCCUGUCGAUGGUCGACGGCCGCUGCAAUAUGAUGUCCGGUAAAGCUGUCGGCGGCACCUCGGUGGUGAACUUCAUGAUCUACUCGAGAGGCGCGCCGGCCGACUACGACGGCUGGCAGGCGCUUGGCAAUCCCGGAUGGAGCUACAACGAUGUACUACCGUACUUCAUCAAAUCCGAGAAGUGCAAGCUGGUCGAUCGAGACAUCAGAUAUCAUGGAUACGAUGGAUACCUCGAUGUUACAACUUCUCCUUAUGCCACUCCUUUGAGGGAUUGCUUCUUGAAGGCCGGCCAAGAACUCGGUUACGAUCUAGUAGAUUACAACAGCGACAAGCUAAUAGGCUUCUCAAGUGUGCAAGUUAAUAUGCGAAACGGACGCAGAGUUAGCGCCUCCAAAGCUUUCCUCAAGCCAAUUCGCGGGAGACCGAACUUCUAUAUGUCAAAGUUCUCGACUGUGACACAAAUCAAGAUCGAUCCGAGAACUAAAACAGCCGUGGGUGUUCAGUUUGUGAGAAAUCACAAAACGUAUUACGUCUCUGCUACUAAAGAGGUCAUACUCAGUGCAGGUACUUUAAAUUCGCCGCAGUUACUGAUGCUCUCAGGGGUUGGCCCAAAAGAUCAUCUGACCUCCUUGGGCAUCGACGUAAUAGAGGAUCUUCCUGUGGGAUUUAACUUACAGGAUCAUGUGAGCAUGGCAACUCUAACGUUUCUAGUCAACGACAGCGUGACGGUCAUGGAACCACGAUUAGGUACCAAUCCGGCGAAUUUUAUAGAGUACCUGGUGCAUGGAACAGGCCCAUUGACGAUACCUGGCGGUGCAGAAGCGUUAGCGCUUAUUAAUACCAAGGUCAACGGUCCAAAAAUUAUGCAGAAAGAAAAGUCCGAGGCGAAGUACAACUCGCAUUUAAACACGCCAGAAAGUAGCGAAAGACUCGCCCGAGUAAUCCCCAAUGUGACUUCCAUCAAUGUCAAUCGCGACUUCUUUGCAACGUAUCCUCGCGCUGAUACGAAGAAAUCGUUAACAGAGGAUGAUCAUCCCGAUAUUGAACUGAUAUUAGGCGUCAGUUCAUUAACCGGUGACACUUCCGGUGGCUUUCGCGGUCUGCUUGGAUUAACGGACGAAUUUUACAAAGAAGUUUUCGGUGCUUAUGCCGGCUACGACGCUUUCACGAUCGUUCCAGUGCUCAUGCGGCCGAAAAGCCGCGGUAGACUCACCCUGAGAAGCUCCGAUCCAUUUCACUGGCCAGUUCUGGAAAUCAAUUAUUACGACCACGAGGACGAUCUGAACACUAUGGUGCGAGGUAUAAAGAAGGCGAUCGAGGUGGCUUCCACGAAAGCAAUGAAACGUUUCAACGCCACCCUACUGCCAGUACAGUUUCCAGGAUGCAAGCACAUCGCUUUCAACAGCGACGAGUACUGGGCUUGCGUGGCGCGUCACGUGAGCACGACUCUAGGUCACUUCGCCGGCACGUGUAAAAUGGGCACGAGGCAGGACUCGGGCGUGGUGGAUCACAGGUUGCGAGUACAUGGCGUCAACGGUCUCAGAGUCGUGGACACCAGCGUGAUGCCGACGCUAAUCGCCGGUCACACGAACGCACCGGCGUACAUGAUCGCCGAGAAAGCUAGUGAUAUGAUUAAGGAUGACUAUAAACGUGUUACGUGAAACGCGGGCGUAUAUGCGCCCCAGAAUGUCAUAAUUAAUUUUACGCUUAUAAAAGACGCCGUGUAUAUAUAGAACAAUUAAAUGAUGUGUAUGUAUAUAUUAUUUCUAGAACACAGCAAUGGAAUUGUGUAUAAUCGUUAUACAAUGAUGUGCGGAGAUUGAGUGACGAUUUGUUUGCGUGUAUCCUAGUCAGUGACUGAUUGUAAUGAGUACGUAUGUUAUAACGUUACGUUAUACGUCAAGCUGUAUCGAUCAUGAUAAACUAGUAUUGGUGUCGACGACGAUAUCA